AUGGACUACGAUCCUGAAGGCGGCGCAAUCAACGUGCGCUUCUUGCAGGCCGACAACCAACGUGCGCACUUCAUCGUCCAAAACUUCAACCUCGAAACUGCAAACUCUCUGCGCCGUGUCAUGCUCUCCGAGAUCCCCACCCUUGCCAUCGAUGUUGUAGAAGUCCUCGACAACACCUCUGUGCUCGCCGACGAGUUCGUUUGUCACCGCCUCGGCCUCAUCCCCCUGUGUUCAAAAGGCGUAGAUGACCUGCUCUACUCACGCGACUGUGACUGUGAAGGCUACUGCAGUAACUGCUCAGUGGUUCUUACGCUGAACGCUAAAUGCACGGGCAAUGAAAUCAUGAAGGUGUAUGCACGGGAUCUGGUGGUCGAGAGCAUGACGCCAAAUGAUGAGGUGGGCAGGCCGGUAAUCACAGAUGCGGAUGGAACAGGGAGCUGUAUAGUCAAGUUGAGAAGGGGCCAGGCGAUUCACAUGCGCUGUAUUGCGAAGAAGGGGAUCGCAAAGGAACAUGCAAAGUGGGCACCCAGCGCGGCCAUUGGCUUUGAAUAUGACCCGGCGAACAAGCUACAUCAUCUGGAUUACUGGCAUGAGGAGGACCCAGAUAAAGAAUGGCCCAAAGACGAAGAUCGCAUCAACCUUGACGGCGGUCCCGCAAACCCAGACGAACCCUUUGACUACAACGCCGCACCCACGCGCUUCUUCUACGACGUCGAAACCGUCGGUGGCCUCGACCCAGACCAGAUUGUGGGCAAAGGCAUCACAGUCCUUCAACACAAGCUCGCGGGCAUCAUCGCAGAACUCACCGGUGGCAGCGGAGGCGCAGACGGUGUCGACUUUGGCGGUGCGCAGAGCCCGACACUGAAUGGGGCUGGCUAUGGCGGCGCUGAUGGCGGAUACACGCCUGCGGGUGGCUAUGGUGGUGCUAGCGCGUGGGGAGGUGCGGCCGCGCAGGGUGGAACGACGCCUUAUGGGGCUACACCGUAUGGUACAGCUGGGCAGCCUUGGUAG